UCCAUAGCGAGUAGUGGAUUGCAGAAUGGCUUGAAACAGGUGCCAGUGAAGAAUUUUUCGAAACUCAUAUCGAAAUAUAAAUAUUGCGCAAGUGGAUCUUGGAAAAUUGAGAAGAAGCAAAAAUUGCGAAAACUGACAACUGAAAUAAAAGGGUUCCAAUCAACGUUGCGAAUUUUCAAUGUAGAUAUGAGCUAUCGGUUUUUUCUAUUAACGUUCAUGGUGAUAGGAAUGUGUGACACGUUCGGUGAGACCAAGCAACUUUCGUCAUCAAGUUAUCCAAGUCAAUCUUUUUGGCGAAAUAAUUUGCCGAUUUCCUUGGAUGAAUCCACGUCGCCAGACGUUCAGCUAGAACGUGAUACUCUCAGUUAUCUUGAGCCUGCAUCGAGAGCCAAACGGUUUGAUGACCGUCAAAAUAUGGCGAACAGCUUUUAUAAACGCAGACAAACGUCCAAAAAUUCCGUCAUUUUGAAACACAUGACCGUGAGAAAAUCAUACGCAAUCUAUCAUGAUGUUCAUCUGGAACUAGAAUUACCAGAUGCGCGCUACACGAUAUUCAAUUACGGUCCCAGCAAUUCGAUGAGGGAUCUACGGGUUUUGAACCGGUCCGAAAAAAAGUUUGCGAGGUCUACUCGAUGUAAGAGCAACAAGAGGCAAGUUUCUGAACGAGUUCGCACCGUGCCAACCAACCGUUUAUUCGAUAACGAUGGAGCCAGGCAGUCUACUCGGAACUGGAAAUCGAACGCUAAGAGGCCGAAUUUUGAUCUGGAGGUCGCCGGCAAAGAUCGUAGCAAUAAUCUUGAUUCCGCAACAGACGAAUCUAAUGCCAGACGGUUUUACUGGGAACCGAUCUUUGACGGUGGUGUAAUUGAAUCUAUUGGAAGUCUUUUUAGUGAUAGAAUCAAAGACGAAGCGAACAGGGAAAGGAUAGAAAGGGAAGAGAUUCGGAACGAGAAAUUGAUAAAGAAAUAUACAGCACUAUUGAAUGAUCCUGAGCAGUAUAAAAAGCUUCAACAAGAGUCUACGAAUUCACCCAGCUACAUCAACCAGGUGAUCAGGCGAACUUUAUUGCCGAGGCUUGAAGAAGAGAUGAGAGAGUAUGCGGCGAACAAGCCGUUAUAGUCUUUGACCAGGCGUGGUUCAGACGAAUUGAACAAGGCUCGUAGAAGCGAUGAUCUUCGCAAUGACGAUACCGCAUCGUUCGAUACUAAAUACCAAUAAGAAAUUUCGUGAGUCUCCGGAGUGGUCGACACCUUCACGACAGUAAGACUCGGAUAAUGGCAAUGAAUACGUCGAACCAUCAUCAGUCGCUAUUAGUAUGACAAACUAUUUCGAGUAACAAAAUAGACUCGAGUUUGAUUGCAGGAAGCAAAUGGAUUCGUGGCGUUGUUUUCUGAACGCGUGCAAGAUAUGUAUUUUUGGAUUGUAGUUUAGCCAGUCUGUCAUAAUUUUAUUACCAAUA